ACCAUUCUAAAAUCUCAAUGGCAGACAUUUCACCUCAUGUGAAAAGGACCCUUUCCAUACUCUAACAUUACCUCUCUUCUCUCCUUUGUAUCAUUUCUGUUGUUUUCUCUCUUCGCAACCUCUCUCUUUUUAUAAAGAAAAAGGUUGCAUUUUUAUUUUAGCAUGCAUUCUUCUCUUUCUUGUUUGUUGGGAUUUUGAAACUCAAAGAUCGGAUCGAUAGUCAUCUCAUUUCGGCGACCCUACACAUGAUAUCUCUCUCUUUCUCUUUGUUUUUCUAAAUGGUUUAACAUGGACCUUUUGAAGACACACAGGGAGAGUGACUGAUCUCUGAAAACACAUAGCUUUCUUAGCAAAAUCAAAGUUGUUGGAAGGAAGGGUAAAUGUCUUCUUCCAACUCUCCAUGUGCGGCAUGCAAGUUCUUAAGGAGAAAAUGCACGCAAGAAUGUGUUUUCGCACCUUAUUUUCCACCGGACCAGCCUCAAAAAUUUGCAAGUGUCCAUAAGGUAUUUGGUGCUAGUAAUGUUGCUAAACUUUUGAAUGAGCUCAAUGCUGCACAACGUGAAGAUGCUGUUAAUUCACUUGCCUAUGAAGCUGAAGAACGGCUCCGUGAUCCUGUUUAUGGCUGUGUUGGGCUAAUUUCAAUUCUUCAACAUAGACUGAAGCAACUCCAGAAUGAUCUUUAUUGUGCUAAGAAAGAACUAGCUAAUUAUAUAGGGCCUCAAGCAAUGCUACCUAUGGUGAUGCAGCCACAACAUAUGGGUAAUCCUUCUUCUUCAACUGUGAUGCAACAUAGUGUGAUGCCAAUGAUGGGUAUUCCUUCUGUUGGACAAAUGGGGAUGCGUGCAGAGGCUCAUCAACAUCAAAACCAUCAUGUCCAUCCUCAGCAACUCUACGAGGCUCAACAGUUGGCUGCUGUGGUGGCUGCAAGAGAGCAGGAGAUAUUAAGGGCUUAUGAGCAACAGCAACAACAGCACCAUCAGCAAGAAAUUGUGAGAUUUAAUGGUGGACUUGAGCCAGCUAAUUCAGUUUCUGAUACUGGGUAUAAUCAGAUCAAUCCCUCUGCUGCCAUGCCAUCCUCUUUGGCUCUAGGAACUUUUGACAACACUUUUCAGAUUCAACCACAAGGAGAGCCCCAUCCCAAUCAGCUUCAGGCACAGGUUUUGCUUCAGCCACAACAAAUCCAACAGCAUCCAAAAUCUGAAAGCGAGGAAGCUCUUAUAUAAAUGCCGGACACAAGUGGAUAGAAAGAAAUACAUAGAGAGAGGGAGGGGGAGUUUGACAUCUAAAAUCUCAAGGCAGCAUUUUUUUUUAUAAAAAUUUUGGCCCCUGGAGAAGAAGACUUUCUGGAGAGACGCAUCUUGAAAUGAAGGAUCUGUCUUGGUUUUCGAGUACAGCUUUCUUUUAUCUGGCGUUUGGACUUAAAUUAAUGCAGAGAACGUUUAUGUAAAUCUGAAGCAUGGGAAGCCUUCUUUGAAGCUUUUGUUUAUUGCCCGUCCUUUAUAUUUUCGCUAUCCCUUUCGUUUUAAUUGUUAGAAUCUCAUGCUUCUAGUUCUCCUUUAGCAUGCCCAAUAUUAGAUCUUUACAGGUUGUAUCUAGCCAUAUGAUAAAAACUUAGUAAACUGUAUUUUCUCAAUGCUC